CCGCGGCGGAAACGAUCCCAUCUCCACCGUCGGCUUGCAUCUCUGCGGCGCUCCGCCGCCACCCGGGAAUCUCAUGCUCCGCCGCUGGCCGCUCCCUCUAUCUCUCUAAAUCUAUCGCUCUCAGUAUUCGCUUCUAAAACCGCGUUUUUGGAUCCAUCUUAUUCGUCUGCUUUUUCAUUUUCCUCUCCUUUUGCCCGGUCUCUACUCGUCUUGAUUGCAAAGUCCGACGCUUCGUCUUGAUCUAUUGGUUCUUCCCAUUUGAUUCAUCAAUCUCUGCGCAAGCCGCCUGUGUUCUAUAUAAAAUUGCUUGCAGUGGAGGUAUUGACCAGCUGGGAGAUAUUAGUCCUAAUUUCGGGGUUUUCUUUCUUCGCUUCGUCGUUUACUGUUGUGUUUUCCACCUUUGGCGAAGGGAGAAUCAGAGGCUGCGAAAAUUAGGGAUUUUGACUCGAAAUUUCCUAAUCAACGGAGCAUCGCUGAUUCUCGGGCUGCUCCGCCAAGAUUGCAUCUUGUUUGGAAUUCAUCGACUUGGGUUUCUGCAUGCGCCCGUGACUGAUUAUUGAUUUCUCCAAUUGGCUGCUUUUGAUGGAGACUUGAGGGUUUAGGGACUUGAAUCGCUGUUUAAUUGCUAUUGUUUCUGAAUUAUAGCUGAAAUCAUCUAACUCUGGUCAGUGUUUUGUUCUUGGGGAGUUUGGAAGGACUUUUGGAGUUUCCAUCGCUCGUUUCUUUGGUCUCGGGUUACUUCUGCUCCAUAGUGGCCGACGAGAAGGUUUUAAAAGAGUUUCCAGUACAGUUUGGUGCAAAAGGAGGGGCCUUUCUCGAGUUCAAUGCAACAAUUACUACGCUCUAGGGGUUAAGUUGAGGGAGGCAGACGUUCUUAUGGGCUGUGUUUCCUCCAAAGCAACCAGGGAAAAUGACGACAGGGAGUCUCAGGGGCCUAAGCGGAAGGCCUCAGAUAGAUUGGUUUCUUCUUCAAGGAGGGAGGAGAUUGAAGUUGCCAAUGCGGGAUUUAGAAAUGAUGGGAGCAGAGUGAGGCUUAUAUCAAAGCCUCAUGAAAAUGUUGCUACUUCGCUUAUCCCUUUGGCGAUUGAUGGAGAGAAGAAGGUGUCUCCAUCAGUUGAGACGAUUAGAUUGGGGGUUGUUCAUCGGAGAGGGGAAACCGUGGAGGCUCGUGCAAAUAUGGGAGAAUCGAACUCAGUGGUUGUUGGUACAACUUCAAUGGGGCACAAUAUGGUGAUAUCUCAUGUGCCUAAUGGGUUCAGAUUGGAGCACACUGCAGCAGGUUGGCCUUCUUGGCUCACCGCUGUUGCUGGGGAGGCAGUAAAAGGGUGGUUGCCUCGAAGAGCCGAUACCUUUGAGAAAUUAAACAAGAUUGGGCAAGGAACUUAUAGCACUGUGUACAAAGCCCGUGAUUUUGAAACAGGCAAAAUUGUGGCACUUAAGAAAGUACGAUUUGCUAAUGUAGAUCCUGAAAGUGUACGAUUUAUGGCAAGAGAAAUACAUAUUCUAAGGAGGCUUGAUCAUCCAAAUGUUGUAAAGCUUGAAGCUCUAGUUACGUCAAAAAUGUCAUCUAACUUGUAUCUUGUUUUUGAAUAUAUGGAACAUGAUCUUGCUGGACUAGUGGCAACACCUGGUAUCAAGUUCACAGAGCCACAGGUUAAAUGCUAUAUGCAACAGCUAUUAUAUGGGCUUGAGCAUUGUCAUAGUCAUUGUGUCUUGCAUCGAGAUAUUAAAGGAGCAAAUCUUUUGAUUGACAAUAAUGGGAUCCUGAAAAUCGCAGACUUUGGACUAGCUACAAUUUAUAAUCCUGACCACAAGCAACACUUAACAAGCCGUGUGGUAACUCUGUGGUAUCGUCCUCCUGAGCUCUUGUUGGGUGCUACAGAAUAUGGUGUUGCAGUUGAUAUGUGGAGUGCAGGUUGCAUUCUUGCUGAAUUGCUUUCUGGGCGGCCUAUUAUGCCAGGAAGAACUGAGGUGGAGCAAUUGCACAAGAUAUUCAAAUUGUGUGGCUCACCUUCUGAGGAGUACUGGAGGACCUCAAAGUUACCUCAUGCUACCUCUUUUAAGCCCCAACAACCAUACCCACGGCGUAUUAGGGAGACUUUUAAAGAUUUCGCCUCCGUUGCUUUAGAUCUUCUUGAUCAUCUACUUUCAGUAGAUCCAGCAGACCGUGGAACUGCAGCUUAUGCCCUCAAGAGUGAAUUCUUCAGUACAAAGCCUUUUCCAUGUGAUCCUUCAAGUCUGCCGAAAUACCCUCCAUGCAAGGAAUAUGAUGCUAAACUUCGAAAUGAGGAAGCUAGAAGACAACGAGAAGCAGCUAUGGAAGUCCAUGGUAUUGUGCAAGGAAGCACAAAACAAAUGCCUAUUUCUCAUGGAAACAUGGAGCCACAGACACGCAAGAUAAAUGGAAGUGUCAAAACUAGCAGUGACAAGUAUAAGCCAACAAAGGAGGCAUUGCAAGGUGUCGCUAUGGAUCUUCCUACGAGAAAUGUUGAGAAGGGUUUUCCUUAUGUUGGUCCUUUGAAAUACUCUGGUCGUUUGUCGACAACAGGAUUGCCCAUCGGUACAGAAAUGGAUACACAUAUAUCAUACAGGCCACAAAGCAAAGCUGGAGACUUUCCCACAGCCUCUGGUCCGACGGUUGCUAGAAGCAAUACCGAAAGGUUGGAUCGCAAGAGGAGCAACAAACACACACAUCUUCCAGUGAACCAAAUUAGCUCCAAGCACAACCAUCUUGAUGUUUCUGAUUCAUCCAGUCAGCAAGAAUGGACUCGCCACCUGCUGAAUGGGCCUUCCUACUCCCAAAAAAAGGAAGACGAACUACAAUACAAGGAAUCGACUACUGGUCAUGGAAAUAAGAAGAAUCAGGAUCACUAUUCUGGACCUCUUAUGCCUCCAGGUGGAAACUUUGAAGAGAUCCUCAGAGAACAUGAGCGCCAAAUCCAGCAGGCUGUACGCAGAGCCCGUCAUGAUAGAAUCAAACCAAAGAACUAUGGCCAGGGCCCCCACUUUGGGUCCCUAAUCUAUUCCGGCAGGAACAGCAGGCCAGAUCAUUAAGCAAUCCAGAAACUCACAUUUCCUAUUCUCCUCAAUGAAACGACCACAUUGGAACCACAAAGUUAAGUUUUGUCAUCCUCAUGAAGGUCCAACUAUCCAAUGCAAACCGAGGCUUCAAAUGUAAAUGAAAGGGUUUGAAGCACAGAUUCCCAAAUGUUUGCUACUUACAGAUUUUGACAGGAAUUUUAGCUCGACUCAGAAGUCACUUAUUAACUGCCAAAACCAUCUACUGAUCAGAUCAAGUGUAUAUGAUACAUGCAAUUUAGCUCUUCUUAAAUAACUUCCAGGAAAAAAGUUCCUCAUUGUAGGUCUUUUUUUUUAUAAUGAAACUUAAUUGAGGAUAUAGGAUUUGUGGAACCUGGAAUUUCCUUUUUCUUUCUUUUUAACAGAAAUACAUUUUGUGUGGAUGUACAAAGUACAUAAUAUAUGGUAUUUUGGGAGAGGCUUGGAUACGGAAACCAAAUAUGUAACAUCAAUUAAAAGUAAAAUUUGUAUUUAUUGAA